GGAAAAAGGCUGACAAUAUGGCGCACUGUGCUUGAGAAAACUUUGUGCAACGCACACAAACCACAUCUGAUCUUGCGUUUGAACGGUUUGUAGACACCCGUGCAGUUGAUCAACACCGUUUUUUAGAAAGAGUUGAAGAGUUUUGAGUUGAAAACUAGGCUGUGUCCAUGAAGCUGGUCUAUAACGGGAUGAAAGAGCCCGUUUCAAAAACCGAGUAGCAUACAACACAGACAGGAUGGAGAGGCAAGCAACUUUAAAGGAAAAGUUUUCGAUCUUCGGCUCUCGCACGGUGGGCCGAGCCCCGCGCCGCGUGCCGGAGGAGGGGCCGGGCGGAGGGCUCAGCAAGGCCGAGUUCAUGGACAAGGUCCGUCAGAGCCACGAGGCGUGCCAGCGAGGGGACUUCCAGGGAGCCGUGAGCCUCUACAGCGACGCCCUGCUGGCCGACCCGCAGAACUGCAUCCUCUACAGCAACCGCUCCGCCGCCCUCCUCAAGCUGGGACGCCACCAGGCCGCGCUCGACGACGCCUCCAGAGCCCGCGUGCUCAACCCCAAGUGGCCCAAGGUAAGGUGAUCUGCACAGCACACCUGACACCUAGGAGACGAAACAGCCAGGACCCACACAGGAGUGUACAGGCAGAGAGCGAGGAGACUGGGACACGCCCACUCUGGAUAUACACCUCAGGCACGGCUCUCAUAGGGUUAGGGUUUCACACAGGCUCUGAUGAUAACCCUAAAUAUUUUCAUA